UUUGUUCCAUAGGGUCAUGAUAAAUAAUAUUCAGUACUUUAUCCUUAAUGUUUUGUAUUCUGUGGAUUAGUAUUGUUAAGUGUUGUUGAGUGUUCAUGCAUUAGUACCAACCGAUGAGUAGAGAAGUGUUAAUUAAGUGAGAUGUUUCUAGUGUUACUCGUUUUAUUGGUUGUUCCAAAUGUAUUUGCGGUUAAUAUUGUCAGAGAUUCUAUCGACAACUACAAUCAUAUAAAUAAGUAUGAGAACACUCAUCUAAGACGCAGCACUAGAGAAGCCUGCGGGCCCGGUAAAUGGCAGUGCAGAAAUGGACAGUGCAUCGAUUCGAGGAAGUACUGCAAUAACCUGCUUGACUGUGAAGACGAAAGUGACGAGAAAAUGUGUGACACAAACAAGCCAUUGUACAUUUGCCGGGAUGGUACUAACGUAACAACAGAUAAGCAAUGUGACGGCGUUAAGGAUUGUCCGGAUGGCAGUGACGAAGCCCAUGCGAUUUGCAGAAAUAUUAUAUGUCCAGACUAUCUAUUCCGGUGCACUUAUGGAGCGUGUAUUGAUGGGACGGCUCUGUGUAAUGGCGUCCAAGAUUGCGCAGACAACUCUGAUGAGCUGCACCAUAAAUGUAGAAACGAGAGUGAUACUGUUGGAUACAAGUUCAAAUGUGGCGACGGAGAACUGAUAAACGUGUACUACGCAUGUGACGGCGAAGUCCACUGCGCCGACGGCUCGGACGAGACGCUCCGCGCAUGCGCCGGGGCUACUUGCAGCACCAACCUUUUCCAGUGUGCGUACGGAGCAUGUGUGGAUGAGGCCGCCGAUUGUAACGAUGAAAAAGCCCAAAAGGUGCCAGAUACCUACUAGGAUUGAAAAUGGGGUAAUUCGGGUCGACGGCGCCUCAAACCCUAGUGAGGACUUCAUAAUAUAUACUGUAGUGUGUCUUCCUGGGUACAAAUUGGUUGGAACUGCGACAGUCAUCUGCUUAACUGGAGUUAGUUCUGAGAUACCAGAG